AUGGGAUUCCGGUUGCCAGGAAUUGUUCACUCCAAGAAGGGUCUAAACAAGGCGGCUAAUUCAAAGACCUUAGACAUCCCAAAAGGCUAUUUUGCAGUGUAUGUUGGGGAGAGCCAGAAGAAGCGAUUUGUGGUUCCAAUAUCAUACUUGAAUGAGCCUUUGUUCUUGGAUUUGCUGAGUCAAGCAGAAGAAGAAUUUGGAUAUGAUCAUCCAAUGGGUGGUAUCACAAUCCCCUGCAGUGAUGAAACCUUCAUUCAUCUCACUUCCCGCUUAAGUGUAUGAAUGAAGGCAAAUGAAGUGAACUGGUUCAUAUCCAAAUCAGCCUCAGUUCGAUCAGAAGAACUCGCCAUGUCAAGAUGAAGUAGAGGCUGUGAUUGAUCAUAUGCACAUUUUUCUGUUGCUUAUGAAUCUGGGAAGCCUUCUUUGAUGGUCAAACUGCUUGUGAGCUGAGCACGAAGAUACAAAAUUUGUGAAGCAGUCGAAUGACGAUAGCAUGAACUCUCGAAGACUAUUGAGCCCAAAAUCAUAACUCCAAUUUUGAACUCGAUGACAAGAAGAUUUGUCUUUUAAGCCAUGUACAAUUCUAAAUGUUUUGU